UUCCGAAGGGCUCAUUCUGAACUAAAAAAAUAUUACAAAGAUAUAUCCAGUGUAAUUAUAUCAAUCCAGUAUUCCUCUAAUAUUGGGCAUUUUUAAAAUGGGACUAGUCGUAUUUCAUCUGUAACCUAGGCAGGACCAGUUCUCAGAAGUCGGAAGCUUUUGCUACGCAAAGUUAGUAAAGAGUUCCCUUUGCUUUUAGUCAUUUACAUGAAAGUUUUUUUUCAAGGAAAUUUAUUUUAGUUGGUAUAGAAGACAACCAGUCAACCUAUGAUUCUGCACGUACGCUCAGACCAGGGCUGCAAAUGGGCGGCAUAGGUGGUAAUUUUUAUCUCAAUAUGUUGAAUGGAACUGACGCGCAAAGUUUCGCAAAAGACGUCGAUGUGAGCGGUCACCUUCACCGAAGCAAGGAGCUAACGGACUUCAAAAUGGGUAUCCAAGACCCCAGGUUUUAUUAUCAAGAUUCUGUUCAAAACGGACAGGACAAUUUGCCACUACCAUACCACGCAGAUCAGAGUGUCGCCGGAUUCGGAGCGCAGACGGGAAGAUUUUUCUCCCCAGCUCCACUCAGUAACUGUCAUUUUAGCAGUGUUCGGCCGCCCACCAGGAGCGGGACAGGACAGGCGUAUGUGCCGACGGGGGCAGACGGAUAUUCACCGAGCAGUAAAGAAAUAUACACAGGCGGCGCGGACAGUUAUCCCACACACUUUCAGCAUGGGUAUCCACGCGCACCACUGUAUUCUUUACCUGGUGUACAGGUGUGCGGGAAAACGCAGGUCCUCCUGAACAAUUACCCGCUGUGGGCAAAGUUUCACAAAUACCAAACUGAGAUGAUCAUUACAAAACAGGGGAGGAGGAUGUUCCCCUUCCUCAACUUCAACAUCACCACCCUGGAGCCGUCAGCUCACUACAACGUGUACGUGGAUGUGGUUCUGGCUGACCAACACCACUGGAGGUACCAGGGAGGCAAGUGGGUGCAGUGUGGUAAAGCAGAGGGAAACAUGCCAGGAAACAGGAUGUAUAUGCAUCCUGACUCGCCCAACACUGGAAAUCACUGGAUGAGGCAGGAGGUCUCAUUUGGCAAAUUGAAACUCACCAACAACAAGGGCAGUUCCAACAAUGUGGCACAGAUGAUAGUGUUGCAGUCUCUCCAUAAGUAUCAGCCCCGCCUGCACAUAGUGGAGGUGAAGGACGACGGAACGGAAGACCCCUUCCUCAGCUCUAAAGCGCAGACAUUCACCUUCCCCGAGACCCAGUUCAUUGCUGUCACAGCCUACCAAAACGCAGACAUCACUCAGCUGAAAAUUGACCAUAACCCUUUCGCCAAAGGUUUCAGAGACAAUUAUGACACACUCUACACGCCGCCUGAUGCGGACCGGCUCACGCCCUCCCCGACGGAAGGCCAGCAGCUCAUGUCAGGCAGCUGCUACCCCCACCAACCUUACCCACUCGAGCAGUAUAUGAGUCCUCUGCAACAUAGCCGCUUCUACACCCGUGAGUCUGCCAGCAUGGCCCAACAGGGCCUCAAAGACCCAGCCGCCAGCCCCCAUGGCCGCUGGUAUCUCUCCAGCCAGCAGGGGGUGCCCACCAACCGUCUGGACUUUAACUCUUUCGAGGGCGACUACUCUGGCAACAAUCUGUACAAGCCUUUCUCCCUGCAGACGUCGCCCCACCACCCGCUGAGCUAUUACCCUGACGGACCAUUCGGUGCUGGACCUGUGUCCAGCGCCAGCCCGGCCACCUGGAACCCAAGCAGGCCAUCACCACAGUAUCUCGGGCACCCCCACCCCGGGAAGGCGCCGGCGGGCCUCGGUUGGUUCCGCCCUGUGUCCUCGCCAGCCACGUCGUCCUCUCCCACGGUCGUGAACUCUCACCUCCAGCCUCCCCCAUCGCUCCUGGAACCCCUGAGGCUGCCCCUGAAUCAGGAUAAGGUGAAGGAAGCCGCAGAGGAGCCAUGGGUGGAGGUGCCCUCUGUCAAAUCGGUGGACUCAGCCGACUCAGGCCUGUUUGAGGGAGGCGAGAGCAAGAAAAGACGAGUGUCGCCCUACACCUCCAGCACGGAGAAUUCCCCACCCAACCGCAGCAGCGAGGCCUGCGAGAAGGACAGUAGCAGCGAUGCAGGCUACUAUGGCUUCUACACCCACUGAGAGCCAUCAGCCUCCUGCACAGCUAUGGCCCAGUUCAGCCCAGUUCAGCCCAGUUCAGCCCAGCUCUCCAGCCACAGAGCUAUAGCACAUGUCUGGGCCUGAGCUCUGAAGGACUCUGGAAAGGGGACAACACGGGACAAAAAGAGCCUACACAGAACUAUAGCACUGGUGCCACUGGUCCUCUGAGCCCAUUUGUGUUACAGCUGAACUGCCCCUGGUGUUUGCCAUGCUGUGUGAGGGAAAAGGUCAGGCAGAGAUGUUCUGAAGGUUGGUGUCAGACAGGGUGAGGAAUCCAGAUAAAGUGGCUGAAACACUGGCCUGGAGACACACACCCACACAAAAACACACAUCUGCUGUAUUAAGAAGCUGCAGCAGUUUAAGGAGUUUCCACACCUACUGACACCCUCUCAAGUGACCUGCCCACUUUUCUUCAACUUACACACAAACAUGCAUACAAACACACAACUCCUUCAGAUUUAACAUAUAGUAUAUACAGAUGACAUAUUUAUGUUUUGAGAACGUUUUUCCUCACUACUCUAAAUGAGUAAUGAGGGUUAUGUAAGAGAUUGUCUAGCAAUUUUAGGGGAAACAAUAGAUUUGUGCUCAGAGACGUCAGCAGAUGUUUCACUGAACCUUAUCUUCCUGUUCACCUUCCACGCUCCCUCUCUGCUAAAUCAUGCUUCAAACACAGUUGUUGAACAUACCUCAACAAACCUGUACUACCGCUGUAAAUACAUUUCUAAUACAUCACUUCAUAAAUGAAAGAGGAUUUAUUUAUAAGAGGAACAAAGAAUCAGUUGAAUUAAGGUAUAAUUUUGAAACGUUCAAUCAAAACCUCUGGAUCUGCCGCAGACAGCAGAAGAUUUUAAAUCAGUCCAGAAAUGCCUGCGUCCCUGUAUAGCUAAAGACCAUGAUCAGCAAGCACAUUAAACCCACUCACCAAGCACGCAAUGAGGAGAGAGAGGGGGGACCAGAGAAAGAGAAGCAGAGCGAGAGAACGGAAGAAAGGAAGAAGGAGAGGCAGAGGUGUUCAAAGUUCAAUGCCCAAGCAUGUUUAUUUCUUUUAACUUUAGGUGUUUCUGUAGUUUGAAAACUUUGCUGAACAUUUGCAUUUCACUUUAUUGUACCAAACAAAACAAACAAUCCCUUUACACAACAUGUAUUGUAAUAGAUAUAAUAAUAUUUACAAACUAAAGACUAAUACUUCAAUGUAAUUUUGAUUAUCCUCAUAAGAGCAUUUUUUAUGCAAAAGCAACAUGUCUUGGAGUUCUCACAGCACAUCAUGAAAGACACAAUGCAGAUAGACACCGUGGAAAAAUGCACAUAUGACAGGGGCGUCCUGACGACUGGACACAGAGGCAUAUAGACAGUCCCCGUAAUCUCCAUGACAUGGAGGAAGAAUGAGCGCUGAGUCAUAACCUCUGAGGGUCUGUAGACUUCUGAAGGUGAGAAUGACCUUUGGCAGCCCAGUGGGCAACAGCCCACCAGCACAAAAGGCUGGAGGGAGCCUGCAGAAUGCUACCUCACCAACUAUGGAGAAAAACAAAGCACACAACAGAGGAAGACACUGUUUAUCUUUCAUGGGUAUAGUUCAUUGAUAUAUUCAUUUGAUGUGAUUAACACAGGAAGCCACAGAUAAUGCUUUACUGUAUGUGCACACAGUCACACACUAACACAUGAACCCACACACAAACUCUCACACAUUUACACACUCGCUAUCUGUCUCUGACACACAUGCUUCCACACAAACAGAGCUUUUGAACAAACCUGUCAGCAAUUGAACUCUGCAGUCUUUUUAAAAUCUUUUAAAAAGACUGCCCUUGCCAAGGAUGUCCCUUAGAUAAAAAAGAAAUGCUUAAAACAUGUUUUUAUGAAGCUGCAGUUUUGUUUUGUUUUUGUUUGUUUGUUUGUUUGUUUUUUAUGAACUAAUGGAAAGUCAAAGUUUCAGUCUGUGGUCACAGACCUUCAAAGCCAUGGAUGUGGCUUUGCUUACCUUAACAUGGAAGAAGAUUAUAUUCAUUUCUGUGCACAACCAAAUACUAGCAAUGCAAUCAAGAGGACAAUCACAGUGUUGUAGGGUUGUAAAGCUAUGGUUAGAUAUUAAGCUCAGGGUGAUUGUGUGCCAGUGAAUAUGAAUAUGAGCUCCAUGAUGAUAAGCAGAAAGGACAAUUAAUUAUUUUUAGGAACAUGCCUUGUUUAUUGUUUCUGAAUUAAAUACUUGAGAUUUUAAGUGUUAACCUACAAGCAAUUAGUGGCUUUGAUCUUAUCUUUACUGUUGGUGAAUUGUUAGUCAUUUCAAGUGCAAUUAUAAAAUGUAUCAAUAUUAAUUUAAAAAAUCUGUCAUUGACAUUCUUUUUUUAUUCCUGAACAUGCAUUUAAGCCUGUGUUACAUUGCUGCACGCUGAGAAUACUGGCAGAGGUGUACUAUAAGACAUUCUAGGCUUUAGGUGACCUCUAGUGGACAUUUAAUUCCUUACUGAGUCAUAAUGUCUGAGGAUUUCUUUUCCUCAAUCAUCGUCCCCAAGAUUAUGAUAUAAAAUAAAUGACUUGCCUCUCACAAUCAGACAUACCAUUACAGUAUCAGAUUGUUUAUAGAGUAUAUUUAUAUUGUGUUCCAGUGGAAUCAUGUCAACUUGGGACUUGUGCAUCUAGUCUUUUCUGCUGAACAGAAAGUAACAAAAAUAUUAUUUUUAAAGAUGCUCUGACCUAAGUGAAAAUGAGGAUGAAAUUCCUUCAACAUCUUAAAGAUGCCCAGUGGAGCUCAUUGACUGCAGAGCAGAAAUGCAGAAGAAAAUAAUUGUACAGACUGAAAUAUUGUAUCUGAAUUUUUCUUAAUGUAAUAAAAGCUUAAAUAUGUCAGUUUUCA